UUUUUUGUUUGUUUUUUUUUUCUGUGUGUGUGCGUGUGUUUCGGUGCGUGUGGGGACACACAGGUCCGGUCCGCUCCGAAGAGGCUCCCGGUGGCCGCGUGCGGAUGGGCUCCGUCGGGUUCCGACCUCUCUAACGACGAUGGCAUCACACGGCUUCUGGUCUCUCGGCGGAGACAAUGCGGGGGCCAACACCGGGAGUCAGAGCCCCAAUACGCCCAGGGCUUGGUGCCAAGCGGCGGCCCAGAAAUUGUCUGGAGGAAUUGGAUCGAAAUUAUGCGCGCUGCUCAAUGUGGGAGAAGUGGAGAAAGCUGCGGUGCCGCCCGUCAAACAGCCGCAAAUAGCGGCUGGAAACUGCGGCUGCAACGAAUCCUGCAACUGCGCCAAAGCGUCUGGAGCCUUCUCCGAGCUCUAUUCAACAGACCUGCUGCCUGCUGUGGACGGCGACACCAAAACCAUGACCUUCUUGCAGGAGGUCGUGGAUAUCCUCUUGGCCUACAUCGUGGAGUCUUUUGACAGGGAAACCAAAGUGAUUGAUUUUCAUUAUCCCAACGAGCUGAUGCAGAUGAACAACUGGGAACUUCAGGACGAACCGGCCACGCUGGAUGACAUCCUGAUCAGCUGCAGAGCCACACUCAAAUACGCCAUCAAAACUGCCCACCCCAGGUACUUCAAUCAGCUCUCCACAGGAUUAGACAUGGUUGGACUGGCAGCCGACUGGCUCACAUCCACCGCUAACACCAACAUGUUCACCUAUGAGGUGGCACCCGUCUUUGUGCUGCUGGAAUACGUCACACUAAAGAAGAUGAGGGAGAUCAUUGGCUGGUCAGAUGGACGAGGAGAUGGUAUCUUCUCUCCAGGUGGUGCUAUUUCAAACAUGUAUGCUAUGCUGCUGGCCCGCUUCAAGAUGUUUCCAGAAGUGAAGGAGAAAGGAAUGUCGUCUGUUCCGAAGCUGGCAGCCUUCACAUCUGAACACAGCCAUUUCUCAAUCAAAAAAGGUGCGGCAGCUCUUGGUAUCGGGACAGAGAGCGUAAUCUGCAUCAAAGCAGAUGAAAGCGGCAAACUGAACCCAUCUGAUCUUGAGAGGAGAAUCCUUGAGGCUAAACAGAAGGGCCUUGUUCCUUUCUUUGUAAGUGCGACCGCUGGCACAACGGUGUACGGCGCCUUUGACCCCCUCAUCGCCAUUUCUGACAUCUGCAAAAAAUACAACAUCUGGAUGCACGUAGACGGUGCGUGGGGAGGAAGCCUCCUCAUGUCCAGGAGACACCGGUGGAAACUGGAUGGAGUUGAGCGAGCAAAUUCAGUGACGUGGAAUCCACAUAAAAUGAUGUCUGUCCCUCUGCAGUGUUCUGCCCUGCUGGUCAGAGAAGAGGGUUUGAUGCAGAGCUGCAACCAGAUGCACGCUUGCUACCUGUUCCAACAGGACAAACACUACGACCUUUCCUAUGACACGGGAGACAAAGCCCUGCAGUGUGGACGCCAUGUGGACAUCUUUAAAUUGUGGCUCAUGUGGAGGGCAAAGGGCACCAUUGGCUUCGAGGCUCAGAUUGACAAAUGUCUGGAGCUGUCAGAGUAUCUGUAUAACAAGAUCAAGGACAGAGAAGGAUAUGAAAUGGUCUUUGAUGGAAAGCCUCAGCACACCAACGUCUGCUUCUGGUACCUCCCUCCUGGGAUCCGCUACAUGCAGGACAAAGAGGAGAAAAAGAAACGCCUGCACAAGGUGGCCCCUGUGAUAAAGGCCAGGAUGAUGGAGUAUGGGACAACCAUGGUUAGCUACCAACCGCAAGGGGACAAGGUCAACUUUUUCCGCAUGGUUAUCUCAAAUCCCGCCGCUACCUUCGAGGACAUCGAUUUUCUUAUUGAGGAGAUUGAACGACUUGGCCAGGAUCUAUAAGACCUGCCUGACCAAAUCCUUCUACCCACUCCGCCGCCUUGACGGAUGAAUUGUUUGUUGUGAAUGUACCAGUAAAAAAAAUAAAAGUUUUCUUCAUUUCCUCCAUAGUCAUAGAUUUAAAAAAAUAACAUCUAUAUCAUGUAGAAUAUUGCGUAGUGUAGCUUUGCUGUGGACUGCGUUUGUCCCAAAGCGACGUAAAAGUGCUCCUGUCUGCUUUUCCUAGUGUAGUAAAUCCCAGGGCAGUGUAAGUGAUGUGACUUUAUAUGUUGUGAUAGGAAUUGCCUGUGCAAUGGGUUGAUGAGGAAGCAUUACUUUUUCAGCCAUUGUCAUUUGCCGAUACGUUAAGUGCCAAAUGUGGUUGUGUUCUGUCGUAACUUACAUUUAACCUCAUGGUUUAAAAGUUAAAUAAGCACUUCACCUUACCUCAGCUUAAUCAACUGCCUUCCCGUGUGUAUUUCAAGCAGCUAUCUUGUGCAAACGUCCCUUAAGAUCAUAGACUGGUGAUGUAUAGCAGCACAAAUAUGAUUAACUGUAUGAUAGUAUCCCAAUAAUCUGAAGAACUUUAUGUAUAUUAAACUCCAACUGAAAUUAUAUGGGUUUUUUUUCUUUGAGCACAUAAAACUACUGUGUAAAUAGCUUUACAGUCUGUUGUACUGGAUAAUCAGAGUUUUUUUUUAUGGCGACACCUGACUUUGUAUGGCAUUCGGAGUGUUACUGGUUUCUCUCAUCAACCACUUUCUGUCCUGAGCCUUCUAGCUAACAUCACCUUUUCACUAAAUACAGACUUGUAAUGGACCUUUGCUGCUGAACUAGCAGUUAAAAUGAGCAUUGUGAGCAGAGUACAUUUUCCACCACUGUUAGCGUUCUAGCUAAUAUCGUAUGAAACGUAGGCCGUGUAUCUGACGCAGACUAGCUAACUAGCUUAUCAGCUGUAGCCUUCUGAACAACUUACAUAUAGCUGCUACUGUCAAGGCCCCACAAUUUAGAUGCUACACAGUGUGGAUUAUGUUUCUUACACUGAGAACUAAAUUUGUAAGCUACAUUUCCAAGUCCAGGUCUCUCGACACUCUUGUGGUGUCUUUCACUGGCAUGCUAGGUGACACAAAUGUAGCGAUGAAUGAGCUAUGAUUUGUCAUGCUAUCCAAGAACUAGAAACGAAUUAAGAGCCAGAAGAACAGUUCUGUAAAAUUUGUAAUUUUGCCAUCACCACUUCACAAACUAUGCUAGCACAGCCGUCAGUCAAUCACCGGCACGCCCGCUAAGGUUCAGCAGCUGAAGGAGCAUUUCUGAUCUAUUCUUUUACUAAUGACAAUAAACUAGAAAAUCACUUCUAAAAAAGAAGGAAUGUGAACUGUAUUGCUACAACUGCCAUUUUCUGAAGUUGAAAGUAUGUCUUGGGGAUGAUCUGCAGUGUAAACUUAAGUAUCAGGGUGUUUUUUUUCUUCUUCUUCUUCCUGCUCCUUUUUAGUGCAUUUAAUGUAGUAAAAAUUUGCUAAAACCCAUUUUGUUGGUUGUCACAUGCUAAUUCAGAAGCCAGCAUAGGGACUGUUUUCAGCUUGGCUGUAUAUUUAGCUGUGGUUAGCGUGCUGUAUAUGUCAUAGGAUUUAAAAUAAGAAAAACAAUGGCUUUACAUGUAAUCCCAACUACAGUACUUAUACUGAGGUGUUUGGUGGUUUGGGGUUAACAAUUAAUUGAAAUAUUUAGGAUUUUGAGAAACUGGAAAAGGGGCAAUAAUGAUGUUUUAGUCUGGAUACAGGAGCCAGUUUUUCAGCUUCCGUUGUACUUGACAUCACUUGCACUUAGCUGUUGGUAAAAAAAAAAAAAAAAGGGUAUUGCAACUGACUAUUCUUGAUUCAUUCACGAGCAAUAUUUGAGUAUGGGUCCAAAUAUUAAAGAAAACCUCUAAUUCAAGUGUACAAACAGUUGAUAAUCAACUUUCCAACCUGCACAUAAGCAGUGGUUAGCAAAAACUAAAAGUAUGCUUAGCUGGGUUAGUUGAUGAGUUGUGAAACCUGACUUGCCAAGCACAAGUUCUGUAGCAUUUUUGUUGGUAGUUAGAAAAGCACAAUUUGCUCAACA